GUCAGUAGUCGCCGCUGAGAUCGUUUCAGUGGCUGAACAAUCGCGGAACGCAACGAAUCGGAAGUGAAUUGAAAUCCGGCAGCUGAGAUAUGCAUUCUACGCAUAUAGUAUUUUUCCUGCUGGGCCUGACAAUAGGCGGGUUAUAUGUGCAGGCCGAGAGCCAAAAACCCAUUACGGAGCAGUGUCUGAUCUGCAUGUGCGAGGCCUUGAGCGGCUGCAACGCCACGGCGGUGUGUGUGAAUGGGGCAUGUGGCAUUUUCAGGAUCACCUGGGAUCAGUGGGUGGACUCGGGGAGGUUGACCAUUCCAGGCGACUCGCCCCUGACGGAUAGUUCUUUCACCAACUGUGCCAAUGAUCCCUACUGUGCAGCUGAUACCCUGCAGAGCUAUAUGGUGAGGUACGGGCAGGAUUGCAACGACGAUGAAGUGGAGGACUGCUACGAUUACGGAGCCAUCCACUACAUGGGUCCCUUUAACUGCAAGGCGGACAUGCCCUACACCUACGAGAGUAUCUUUAAGAACUGCUUGAGAAGCGCCAUUCGGGCCGUCAAGCGUCAGAAAUCCAGCUAAUCUUCGCUUGCCUAGUACAGUAACUAGUAUUUAGUAGCUAACUUAUGGGGAAGAUGCCGCGUAAUUUAUGUGCGAAUAUUGCAUUGCUAAUAUAGGCGUUAUUUUGAUUAAUAAACAAGUGGCUGGGAGGCAACUUAAA